AUGGAAAAAGAGAUGGGAGAAACAUUUACCAGCACGAAGACCUACCCUAAAGAGGAAAUAUAUGGAAAGUUACAACAGACCAGCAAACAGCAAGCUGUGGAGAGAUAUCAAACAUUAUCUUUUGGAGGAUACGCCCACAUUGACAAUAGUGAUGAAGACAU